CACAGGAGCAGUAGUCCGCAUGCGCUGAGCUUGUCAACAGUGAGCCCGCCUUCCUCAACGGCCCACUUGGCGUCUGGUCUCCUAGCAACGACUCGACUCCUAGGAACCGCUCUUUUUCCCCCCUCCGCUAUCAUCAUCAUCUACCCACAGUCCCCCGGUGUGCUGCCAGCAAACCCCUGCAACCGCCCUCAAACUCCCGACUGUCUACCUUCAUUUACUUUUGUCUUCGGUCCCACCCUAGUGAUUUGCUCUGACUCAACCCCUUUCCCUUGUCCCCCAAAUCUCUGAGUCUCUCUCUCUUCACACCGUUCUGUCAUUCCCAGGGGUUGUCCAAGCUGCUGGACUUUUUCGUUCCAAUCCUACAAUCCUUCGUUCCAGGCCAGCAACUUUAUAUCAUGCCUGGAGCUAAGCUUGCCCAGGGCCCAGAGGAAGAAGGCGUGUGCAUCACUGAAGCCCUCAUCACUAAGCGGAACUUGGCCUUCCCUGAGGAUGAGACUCUGUCAGAGAAGAUGUUUCACACCCUUGCUGAACUGCAGACUGUCCGCCUGGACCGGGAGGGGAUUACCACUAUCAGGAACCUAGAAGGCCUCCAGAAUCUUCACAGCCUCUAUCUGCAAGCGAAUAAGAUUCAGCGAAUUGAGAACCUGGCCUGCAUCCCCUCCUUACGCUUCCUGUCUCUGGCAGGAAACCAAAUCAGGCAAGUGGAAAACCUCCAUGACCUCCCACACCUUCAGUUUCUGGACCUUUCUGAGAACCUGAUAGAAACACUGAAACUGGAUGAGUUCCCCCAGAGCCUUCUCAUCCUCAACCUGACUGGAAACAGCUGCACCAACCAGGAGGGCUACAGGCAGUCGGUCACAGAAGCCCUGCCGCUGCUCCUGGACCUGGAUGGGCAGCCUGUGUCAGAGCGCUGGACCUCAGACGAGGAGGAUACGGCCCCAGAUGAUGAGGACGAGGAGUUCCCAGAGCUGAGUGGCCCGUUCUGCUCAGAGCGAGGGUUCCUCGAGGAGCUGGAGCAAGAGAUGAUCAGGCACAAGGAGCACAGGCAGCAGUCCGCCCUCAUGGAGCACCUGCUGAGGCUGGAGACACAGCCCGUCCUCACCAACCUCCCCCUGCUGCCUUGGGAGCCCAUGGCUGGGGAUGGCAGCCCCUCGGUCCCUCCCAGGCUAGGGGGGGAGUCACUGCCUAAGCCUACCUCCCUGCCAAAAGCCUCCUCUGCCAUCAAGAAACCAUGUACGCUGGCUUCUAGGGGUCAGCAGAGCACCGCCCAGGCAAAGAAGGGGACCAGAGCUGCUGUAGCCCCCACAGCCUCUCUGGCUGGGGUCCCCAGCAGAACCAAACCUCUGACCAGAAAAAUCAAGAAAUGAAGAGCCUCCCCCCUCACCCCCCCCCCCCCCGGUGCUAGAACGAGGACCAGGAAGAGCAGGCACCCUGCUGCCUCCCCGGAGCGCUCAUCUGUGGCAGCUCCUGCCCCCAAUAAAGCGUGAGCGCUGACUCCAUC